GAACUUUAACACAUAAACAAUUCAUAAGCAAAUCGUGUAGAAUACGACUGAGAUUUAUUGACCCCACUAAUAAGGCUACCUCGACAUACUUUUACGAGUACAAAACACAAAUCUCAAAUCCAAAGAGUCCCCAUUUAAGAACUAUAUGAACCCAUAUUGGUCACACAAUCAGUUCAGUCACUAUUUGCAUCUUGUAAAACACAAUGGGUCUUCACAGAAUUCAGCUAGUGCUGGUAAUAGCCAUAGCCACAGUUUCAUUCAUGCUUUUGCUUCCAAACACACAAGGAUGGGGAGAGGAAGGACAUUACACUGUUUGUAAGAUUGCUCAGGCUCGUCUCAGCAACACAGCUGCUGAGGCCGUGAAAGAGUUAUUACCAAAAUCAGCCGAAAAUGACUUGGCCAGUAUGUGCUCAUGGCCAGACAAUGUUAGAAAACAGUUUCCUUGGUCUUCUUCUUUGCACUUUGCUAAUACUCCUGAUUUGACUUGCAAUUACCAAAAUGAAAGGGAUUGUAUGGAUGCAAGAACAGGAGCCAAAGGACGAUGCGUGGUGGGGGCAAUUACUAAUUACACCAACCAGCUUCUUCACUAUGGCAGUAACACAGAAUCUACAUAUAACCUCACAGAAUCUCUUCUAUUCCUUUCACAUUUUAUGGGAGACAUUCAUCAGCCUCUACAUUGUGGCUUUCUCUCGGACAAAGGAGGCAAUACAAUAAUUGUUCAGUGGUUCGAAAAUAAACAAAAUCUUCACCAAGUUUGGGACAAUAGCAUAAUUGAGAGUGAAGUUGAAAGAUUCUAUAACUCUGAGUUGGGAGAAUUCAUUGAUGCGAUUCAAACCAAUAUUAUGAAGGUAUGGGGCAAUCAAGUAGAAGAAUGGGAGAACUGCAUCUCUAACGACAUCGCAUGCCCAAUCACAUAUGCAUCUGAAAGUAACGAAGAUGCUUGCAAAUGGGCGUAUAAAGAUGCCGCGGAAGGCUCCGUAUUAGAAGAUGAUUACUUUCGGACACGCUUCCCGAUAAUAAAUUUGCGAUUAGCUCAAGGAGGAAUUCGAUUAGCAGCAACUCUCAAUCGUAUUUUUGACAAGCAUCAAUAUGUGAUGUCAUUGUAGUUUUAUUACCUAAUGAGUAAGUUGUUAGCAAUGAAAUAAAAGGUUUAUGUGGAACCAAAUAAAGGAGAAUUAUAAGGUCAAUUAGAGAACAGUGAUCCAUGAUUUCAUUGUACCAAAUAAAAGUGCAUAGCAAUAUCAGUUGCUUUCUCGUGAAUGCACAAAUUAUCAUA